AUGUGCGGCAGUUUAUGCGAUGCGGUUCUUGUGCUGGUGUGUGGCCUACCAGCUGCUGGGAAGACGACACUAGUGAAGCAGCUAGUGGCAAGUGGCAAUACCUCAUCGAGGUUGUAUGAACGACUAUCCCUCGACGACCUGUACGAGCAACGAGCGAUCGAUGACGGGAUCAGCAACCCGGCCGAAUUUAAUCCUGACAUAUGGAAAGCGAGUCAACACGAAAUGGUGCUGCGAGUACGCAAUCGUUUGACCGAGAACGCAUCGGCUGCAAGAGGCGAGUCGAGGAUCCAGCUCGUGCUGCUCGUUGACGACAACUUUUCAUAUCGAAGCCAGCGCAAGCGCUAUUUCCAUCUCGCCACUGAGCUGCACUGCGGCUUUGGUGUUUUGUACAUGAACGUUGCGGUGGCAAAUUGCCGUGCGCGGAAUGCUGGUCGAGCCAAGACUGGUGAUGCUGGCGCACAAAUUGCUGACGAGGUAUUUGAGCGGAUGGUGGCAGUUUUCGAGGCACCGAAUGGCCGUCAAAAUCCAUGGGAGGUGAACACGAACGAGGUGAAAGAAGUGGGCGACGGCUCUGGAAUUGGAGAUGUCAUGAACGCCUUGAUCGAGCGGGCAGACCACGAACUUAAAAGACGUCACCUACUGCAGAUGGAGGUGCAAAGGGGGUCAGCUCAGCAGCUCUGUGAUCGCCUUUCAACGCAGCAAAAUGUGCUCCAUCGCGUUGACUUACGGCUGCGUCAGUGGAUAUCCGCUCAACUUCAGGACGGGGCGACAUUACCAGCAGGGAUGUCAAAGUCGCAAUUUGCUGGCCGACUGAAUCGGCGCCGUAAAUGUUAUCUCGCGUCGAUAAAGCACUCAUACGGCAACACUCUAGAUCGCCUACAUGACGGGUCUGAGGAGGAGAUGCUGAUCUCGUUGGUACUCCAAUUCCAGCAUCAAAACUAG